GAAAAAGAAGCGCGAGAUAGAAACUUGGGCGCGCAGUAGUGGAUGUUUAGCUGCGAGCUCUUGUGCGCUUUUUAAUGAAACUCUUUACUUAAUUUGAUCGACUGUCUAAUUAGCAUCACACAUGAGUUUAUGUGUGUGUUCUAGACUCAGAGUGUCCUCAUUAAGGUCUGCAUAAUUGGCGUAUUUUGAUCAAACAUCAGGGAAAUGUCUUGGUGGGCGCGCGGUGAGGAUGAGGAGGAGACCUUAUGUCAGGACACAGACUCUGAUGUAGCUGACCAGAGGGAUUGUGGGAAGGUAAAAGUCAAGUGGACACAAGAGGAGGAUGAUAAGCUGCGUAAACUGGUGCUGAACGUUGGAUCAAAUGACUGGAAAUACAUCGCUGGCUUAUUACCUAAUCGAUCGGAGCAUCAGUGUCAGCAUCGCUGGUUCAAGGUUUUGGAUCCUGAUCUUGUCAAAGGACCCUGGACCAAGGAGGAGGAUGAGAAGGUGAUCGAGCUGGUGAAAAAAUACGGCAACAAGCAGUGGGCGAUGGUGGCGAAACACCUGAAGGGGCGUCUGGGGAAGCAGUGCAGAGAACGCUGGCACAAUCACCUCAAUCCUGACGUCAAGAAGUCUUCCUGGACCCCAGAGGAAGAUCUGAUCAUCUACAAGGCCCACCGCGUACUGGGAAACCGCUGGGCGGAGAUCGCAAAACUGCUGCCUGGAAGAACGGACAAUGCUGUGAAAAACCACUGGAACUCCACCAUCAAGCGUAAAGUAGAGACAGGGUUUUACUCUGAUGUGGACACUACACUUCACGUGCUGCAGCAGACGGACACUGAAGAGCUGCUUUCUGAAGAGGUGAAAAUUUGCUGCGACGGAGCCAGUGAAGAACUGCCUGUUGAAUGCUCAAAACAGGAUCCUGAUGCGCAUGAGAAAGUCACCGCUCCUCCACACAAAACAUCAUCUCCUAAAACCCCCAAAGCUUCAACGAGCCCCAAAAGUGAAGGGGGAGACUCAAACGUGUCCACAUGGGUGAUGGACAGCUCUGGGUUUCUGUCUCCAUCAGCGGCUCCUACACUGAAGGAGGUGAUGGAGCUGAUGGAUGGGGAUCUGGAGGGUUGGUGUACGAUGUCGGACUUCGACCUGCCGGAGGAGAGCCAGAGCUCGGAGCUGCUGCAGUUUCGUCUGGAGGGCAGUGCGCUGCAAGAGCUCAGCAAGGGCAGUAAAGGAGAGCUGAUCCCCAUCUCGCCCGGCGGAGCCACUCCUCCUUCCAUCCUGAGCCGCCGCAGCCGUCGCCGAAUCGCCCUCUCGCCCGAUCCUAACGACUCCAUGACCCCAAAGAGCACGCCGGUCAAGAUCCUGCCCUUCUCACCCUCACAGUUCCUCAAUAUGUGGACGAAGCAGGACACGCUUGACCUGGAGAACCCGUCCCUCACCUCCACUCCUGUGUGCAGUCAGAAAGCCGUGGUCACCACACCGCUGCACCGAGACAAAACCCCGCUCACACAGAAGGAAAACUCCCUGUUUAUCACACCAAAUCACAAGUCUGAUCUGGACACGAUGCCUCGUACACCUACUCCGUUUAAAAACGCCAUGGAGAAGUACGGCCCUUUGCGGCCACUGCCUCCAACCCCGAAUCUGGAGGAGGAUCUUAAAGAAGUGCUGCGCAGUGAAGCAGGAAUCGAGCUGAUCGUAGAAGAUGAAACUCCUGCUGAGAAGAAACGCAAGCAAGUGUAUCGUCCUCCUAUGAAGAAAGUGCGUAAAUCUUUGGCUCUGGAUGUCAUCGACUGCAGUGAAAGUGUUGCUGCACGAAAGCAGCAGAUUAAAGUCACAGUCAAACCCAGUGAAAAGCCUCAGACGGUGCAGCCGGAGCCUCCUCUGUCCUCAUGUGCUGUAAAAGAGGAGAAUGUUCUGGAUCAGGGCUUUAUUCUUGGUCCCAAUGAAAGUGGACCUGCCUCUAAACCAGUGCCGGCAGCACCCAAAACGAUCCCUCCACUGCCUAUGUCUGCGGCGUGGGAAACUGUUGUCUGUGGACGGACGAAAGAUCAGCUCUUCAUGACGGAGAAAGCCAGACGAUACCUUCGCUCUUUAAAAUCUCACACCCCAAACCGAGCCCUCAUCCUGUCCUGAGCCACGUUUACAAAACAUAAUGUGGAAAAUGUGUCGAUGGAAAAGAAAAACUAAUUGUAAAUGUUGUGUAGAGUAUAAAGCCAAUUACUGUUCCAGAAGACACUUUACUGCUGAUAAUGCUCUCGUCCUGUUUCCUGUGGCGUAUCAGCGCAUUCAAACACCCUGUAUAAAGAAGUGCUGAGAUUUUCUUUUAUUUAUGUACUGUCAACAUGCUCCUCAAUGCCAGCAAACAUGUAUUCUGCUCCAAAACCAAGAGUCAAUAAUCAGGUUUCUCUUCUUUUUUAAAUUGAACUCAGUGUGUGAGAUUCAGCAGACUCUCAUAUGUAAAUAGAAAGAGGCUGACAUUUUUCCUGGCCUGUUCAUGCUCUUCAGAAAAUAUUAGAGUUCAGUAAAAGGACCUGUAGGGCCUCACAUGGGAUGUUUUGAGGCCUUAAAGGGACAGUUCACCCCAAAAAAUAAAACAAAAAAGAAAAUUCUGUCAUCGUUUACUCAUUCUCUACUUUUUUUGUUCAAAUAUAGAUAUUUAGAAAUGUUGGAAACCUGUAACCAUUGACUCCCAUUGUGUUUUCUACCAUGAAAGUCAAUGGUUACCGGUUUUCAGCAUGCAUCAAACACAUAUUUUUUGUGUUUAAGAGAGUAAAGAAACUCAUAAAUAUGAAACUUGAUAAUGACUAUAGUUUUGGGGUGAACACUCUCUUUAAAUGAUGAUGUAUAGAAGCGGUGCUACUUUAUUUUCUUUAAGUAGAAAUGCUAUAAAAGGUGAAUAGAUGUCUGUUGUCUUAAUGGCGACACUGGAAAUGAGCCCAUUCCCUGACACCACACACACAUGUUGUGUGCGUUUACAUCUGGGAAGACAUAUUUAUUACAUCUGCAUGACGUCUCGUUUUAGAUGUUGAAUAGAUGAUGUCUUUUAAGAUGUUUAUGAUUCAUAAUGUUUGUUAAAUAGACCUUUUAAUGACUCUUGUACACAUCGGAUGAUAUACAGAUCAAACGAGUGUUAAAAUAUGACUUGAAGACGUAUCGGUGUCAAACUAAUGUCCAAAUAUCAGGAAAAAAAAUAGCUGAUGAACUUGGAAAACAGAAAUUGGAACAGCUGUAUGUAGUUUAUUUACAUUGGAAAAACUGUUCAGAGAUCAGUCAGGAUCUGUUUUCAACCCUGCUGGCAUACACUUCCAUGCUAACAGGUUUGCUCCUGUUGUAACGUCAUUGUUCAGCUUGUGAAUGCUUCAUUUAGAUUCAUGUUUCGUUCUCUGUGAUAUGACUGUUUGCUUAUUCUGACAUUUCUACCGUCCACCAGUGGAGAAUCACUGGCGUGAAAUAAACCCUGGUUAUCAUUCA